UCUCCGCGGCUAGUCGGAUCGGCGAGACCGCUCUCCUGGACCUCGCAACGCUCCUCCCUGGCCCCUCUGCCGCGGGGGCGCGACGUCGGCUCCUCGCAGACCACUCGGACCGGUGGAAGGUGCAAGGUGCAAGGUGGGGUGCCGGGGUCGGGACGUUUCGGCGUCGAGAGCAACGGCCGUUGCGCAUUUUGAAUUCGCGCGAACGAGGACGAGAGUACGCGGUGUCGCGAGUGCGGGUUUAGUUGGCAUGCAGCCUCGCCGAUGGACGCCCUGGGCGCCUCGCGGGGGUGACUUGCCCCUGGAUUUCGUUCGGCGAACCGUGAGUGGUGACAUGGGUGACUAGGCGACCUGGCGAGACUCCGGGUUCGACCGGUCACCUCGGAAAGACUGUUCGGCCGGUUUCCGGUGAUCGAAGAAGAGGCUGAUCGCUAUCGGCGGCCGGACCGGCAUGGAUUACUCCACGAAAGGGACCACGGACAACGGGCCAGAUCAGCGACUGCACAACGAGACGCAGACCGAUAUCGUAUCGUCGCCUUUGCAGUCGGAGCACUUGGAAGGAAGACAUCCUUGCCCGGCGUGUCCCAUCGUCCUGCCCAGCUCGCGCGAGUUGACCAAUCACCUGCGCGGACACAACUCUCCGCGAAGCACGGACUGCAGUGGCGAGGAAGACUACUCCUGCGGCGUGUGUCACAAGGUGCUGAGUUCUGCUAGCUCUCUGGACCGCCACGUCCUGGUGCACUCCGGUGAACGGCCCUUCAAGUGCAAGUACUGCGACAUGGCGUUCACGACAAACGGUAACAUGAACAGGCACCUGAGGACAGCCCACGGCAGGCUGUCGCCAAACAGUUGCACCGACUCGGACGAAAGUAGCGAUUCGGAGAAGCCUUCGAAGAGACGCCGGAUGGAGGAGUACAACAACAACGAGAUAGCGAAGCGUAACUCGCCUGAUUUCAGCGAUGGCCGUGCCUCUCCGAGCCUAAUGUCCAAGAGGAAGUGCCACGACUUCGCGGAGGAUCCCGAGGCUCAGAGAAAGCACAAGAUCCUCUUGGGCAACUCUCGGAUGGAGAUCAAGUGCGGCUUGGUGGAGACUCAGAGCGUGCACAACUGCCCCGUUUGUGGCCGGCAGGACUUCGCCACUAGUGCCCUGCUGGAGGCCCAUCUGGAGCGGAGUCAUCCAGAAUUUCCGGCCAAGUGCGAUGCCUGCAACCUGUCGUUUAAGAACCACCGGGUGUUGAACCUUCACCGGUUCAUGGUCCAUUUCGCGGAACAUCCGACAAGCGGAGUUGCGAAGAAUCUGCGGAAUUCCGUGGUUGGAUUCAAUGACCUCACCUUCGUUGACUUCUCCUCCGAUAAGUUCCCGGCGAUAGCUAGAGCGGUCUGCGAACAAUCCCUGCACAGACCAGCUUCCGGAGAGAUGACCAAGUUCCAGUGUUCCAAGUGCUUUAGAGCGUUUCCCUGCAGGUCGGCACUCGAUGCCCACGAAACGGACUGCGGGACGGCAAGUCAUGCGAGGAACAGCAUGGACGACCAGUCUAGAAGGAACGACUUCUUCGCUGGCCUGGAUCUGCAGAAUAAGGCCGCGCUAACCGAGGCCAAGGAAGGCAAAGACCUUGCGGACAUCCAGAGCAUCAUCUCCGUCACGUCUGGCCCCAUUCUGCAGAGCUUCCCCAGGUCUGACGCCAGCACGCCCGAUAAUAGCAUACGGAUGAAUCCGAACAUAGGUUCUUCCGGAUCAUCCGGAACUCCCUCGUCGGAAUAUCACGAAGAAGAGGCCCAGGAUGCAUUUGCUGCUGAGUUUAGAAAAAUGAAGCUGAAGGGAGAGUUCCCGUGCAGGCUGUGCACGGCCAUUUUUCCAAAUCUGCGAGCAUUGAAGGGCCACAAUCGUGCUCACAUGGGGGUGGGCCCAGGUAUUCCUUAUCCUUGCAACAUGUGUCCCUACACCAGCACGGAUAAGGCCACUCUCGUGAGGCAUCUGAGGUCUCAUAACGGCGACAGGCCCUACGAAUGUUCCCUUUGUAAUUAUGCGUUCACUACGAAGGCUAAUUGCGAGAGACACGUGAGGAAUCGCCACGGUAAACUGACUAGGGAGGAUAUUAAAAGCGUGUUGAUAUACCAUCCUAACGAAGAUUCGACUAACGACAGCCUCGACAGAACCUCACCCAGAGGGCUUCGAGAUGAUGCACGAAAAUCUCUAGUCUAUUCGAAUGAACGCGACGAGUCCAUUGGGUCCUUGCAGCCGUUACAUCCGCAGAUACAUUAUAGUACGAGUACGCCGAUCGAGGCAAAAUCUGAGAUACGAGUGAUAGACGAGGCCAAAUUGCGCCAGCCAGGAAUCCCGCUGUUGAAUGGGAUGCCGAUGAGUCAUUAUGAUAAGCCCUAUGACAAAUCCGAGAUGUUCCCGAGACCACAGCCAGCCAUGCAGCCGCUAGAGCUGACGCACAGGAUGGGAUCGGAGGAGCCGGACAUCCCCAGGGACAUGAUGUCAAAGGCUGCCGGUUUCCUCAAAUCCGAGGAGGACGUCGAGUCUAGGUCGUCGGAGGAAAGUGUGUCUCUAGUCAGCGAAACCAAACCGGAAUUACACCAAAGAAUGCAAGACACCCCGAUGGACCUGAAGAAAGGCUCCGAUACACCUUCCCCCGUCGGCCCAGGCGAGGAUGGGCCAUUGGACUUGUCUAUGGAUGUACUGGACCUGAGCAAGAAAACCAAGAGCAAGGAAACGGAAAUCGACAACUCCCCCGAAGAUUAUGGCAGGAAUCAAAAAGAACUGUACAAUGCUACCAAUCAGCUGUUGCUGACGCAAGCUUUGCUCAAGGCCGGCCAAGCUGGAUCCCAGUCUCCUUCCCUGGAAGCUCUCUAUGCUAACGCACAUCUUAUCUAUCGGAAUUUUGGAACGUUCCCAGGUGGGGUCUCCCCAGGUAUAUUGCCCCCGUACCUAUUCAAUCCCCACCUGUUCGGUCAGGAUUUUUCUAUGAAGGAUAGGAUUCAGAAGGAGCUGGUAAGAGGUCUUCAGCUGACCAGCGGUGGUUCAAUGAUGGAACCACCAGUUGGGAAUGCUGGAUUCAAUCCAGCUUUUCAUCAAAACAGAGAAAUUUCUGCCCCUCCGAUGAACGAACCCAAUGACUACGUGAAGUUGAUGUCACCGAAAUUGACUAACAAAGUGCCACCACCGAGGGAGAAGCUGGAAAAUUCUUCACCGAAUUCCGUGAAGAUGGUGAUCAAGAAUGGAGUUCUGAUGCCCAAGCAGAAACAACGGAGAUACAGAACCGAAAGGCCCUUCACGUGCGAGCAUUGCUCCGCUAGAUUCACCCUGAGAAGUAAUAUGGAAAGGCAUAUUAAGCAGCAGCAUCCCCAGCAUUGGAGCCAAAGGCCUCGUGGUGGGCAUUCGACGAGGGGGCGUCCACCUGCAAAUCCCCCUACACUGCUGCAAAGCAUUGGCCAGGGGACAUCCCAGCAAUUACCUCAUUCCUUCCCAAAUGUCCUUCCAAAGGUAGGAGUAAACUUCACUCAGGAGUAUGGGAAACAUUCCAUUUCGGAUCAGGUGAAAUACGCUAUUUUGGCGCAACAGCUGAAGAGUAACACCAAAAUGGAAGAAAACGACACGGAGGAAGAACUGAUCAUCGAUGAAGAGCCUAAUGACAAAGUCACAUCCGAGCCCAGAGAGAUGAGCGAACAGCCUACGAGUUUGUUGAGAGGAAAGCUGGAAGGGUCGGACCUGAGCAAAGACAGUAUCUUGAAGCAACACAUCAGCGAUUUCUCAAAGGACAGAUCGGUACAGACGCAGGAGUCGCAAACGGUGGCCCAGGUCAAACUACAGGAAACCAAGUUGCAAAUUCCUCCACAUACCGACGACGUCGAGAAAGGCGAACCAGAAACGGAAGACCGCACGACCGAAGAAAAUGAAUCCGUUCACCAAGAAGGAAACGAAAAGGGCGAGGAUAACACCGUAGAUUUGGCUAGCGUUUCGAAGCUCCUAGACAACGCCUCGCAGCAAUAUCAGCAGUUCCAGCCCCAGUACCUCAGCGACGAAGAAGGCCUGGUCGCUUCGACCAGCGACUGCAACAAUUCCGGCAGCGAUGAGAAGUCAGACUCCGGUAAUUCGGCGAAUUCCGGAAACUCGUCCUCGUCUAAGAAGAAAAAGAAGAAGAAAAAGAAGAAGAAGAAGAAGUCGGCAUAUUCCAUGGCACCGAACAGGGUAAUUUGUCCCUAUUGCCAAAGGCCGUUCCCAUGGACCUCUUCGUUGCGGCGCCACAUUCUCACACACACUGGACAGAAGCCUUAUCAGUGUAUGCACUGUUCACUUCUUUUCACAACCAAGUCGAAUUGCGAUCGCCACUUGCUUCGAAAACACAAAACUAAUCCCAAUAAGAUACGACGCAUCAGAAAUUCGUCCUCGCCGGAAGCGCAGAACGUCAAUAAUGUACCCAUCGGUAACAACACCUUCUCCAUGAGGAAUGUCCCGGAACGACCUUACAAAUGCAAUCAGUGCCCUAGUUCGACAUUUUCUACUCUUGGAAACCUGAAGAAACAUCGCUCCACCAAGCAUUCCCGUAAAUCAAAGUCCAGACCUGAUUCCCCUGUUAGCGAAACUCAGGAUAACAGUCCUCCAGAGGGAUCUAUCAAACAGAACGAUCAGAGUGGAUACGAGAGCCAAUCAUCCAGUGUAUCGGAGAAUACCGAACACUCCCAGUCCGUCGUGGAGGUUUCCAAGUCCAAUCCGAACACCUCGUCCUCGGCUAACGAUACACCGAGGUCUCGCAGGACUUCACCCAGAUCCUCCCCUGGUCCCACGGAUGCGCCCUUUAAAUGCCACCUGUGCGACAGUGGGUUUGCCGAUCGGCAGGAUUGCCUGGAACACAUCAAGAACAACCAUAAAAGGUCCUACGAGAUGUUGGUUGCCAAAGGUGCUUUAGACAUGGACAUCGAAAUGCCCGAGGACCAGCAACAGCAGCCAACCCAACACCACACCAGCGACGGUGAAGAAAAGCGGGGAAAGUUCCCAGAUUACAGCAACAGAAAGGUGGUCUGCGCUUUCUGCAUGCGGCGGUUCUGGUCGGCGGAAGACCUUCGCCGUCACAUGAGGACUCACACCGGGGAAAGGCCAUUUUCCUGUGACAUUUGCUGUCGCAGAUUUACUUUGAAACACAGCAUGCUGAGACACCGGAAGAAGCACGAGUCCGUCGACUCGCCGAUGUACGUGGGCACCAGCGGAGACGAGGAGACAGCCCCGCCUCAGGCACCAACGAUAACCCCUCGCAGUCAGCAACACCAGCAACCCCAGCUGGUCCCGGCCACCAGCAACCCCAGAAUCCAGGAACGGACGUCCCUACCCACGGUCACCGCCGUAGCCACCGGGGACGCCGCUCCCAGCGGUUUAAUGAGAUUCAAUCCUUACGAGAAGCUGGCCACUCUUACUGGAAAGUUGGCCAACGUCCAGCAGAACUCCAGCCUCGACGCGAACGAGAACACGGACAACGAUCUCAUCUCGAACCUGCUAGGAAUCCGGGACAAGAGCAUCAUCGACAAGGUCUUGCAGGCGUCAGCCGACGAUGCCGCUAAACUCCUUGGAGUCAAGGGCAAUCAGGAUUAAUGCGUUUUUACCUCUUUUUACGCCUAUCUAGAAGGGAGGGAUCUGUACAAAGAGUUGUAAGGCUCGAAGGGUAGAUUCGAUUUAAGUCGGUCGGAUAUGAUUUCUGGUAUACGUUGGGUCGUCGUGGCGAAUUAAUCACGAAGUAGCUUUAAAUUAAUCCGGGGUAAAUGAUGUAUUGAGAUUCGUUUACUCGUUUCUAGUAUCGGAGUAAGGUAGACGUUGAAAUUGCGAGGUGAUUUAAAUGAACCGUUGUUGGAUAGGACGAGGGAAAUCGAUUUUUACGUGCUCUGGGGAGAAAGCGUAGCAGGAUGUCGUUAACUCUUCCAAACUUCUCCUGCACGUAUUGAAUCAUGUUCACGAUCGUGCCUUAGGUAUCGGCAGUACUUAAUUCGAUAAAUGCGGUACUGGGAGAAAAGUCAUACGCGUGUCACAUAUACAUAUACACGGAUGAAAGACUUUGGGAGGCUAAACGCUGAUGAUAGGCGUGAUCUUUGCGUCCUAUUAAAAAUCUAACAAACCAUGAGAUCGCUAAAUUUAAAUUAACGCAUUUGUUGAAUUUGUUGAUUUCUUCCUGGAUACAGUUUCAACGUUUUCUCUUUUUUUGUUCAAUUAAAUUGGCUCUGAGAUUGGUUUCAACCGUUGCUUAAUUUAAUUGUUUCCUCGUGGUGUGAACAAUUUUAGUAGGGCGUGAUAGAUCCACAUGCACGUAACAUAUUAAUUAUUUUAAAGCUAUGUCCGAUCAUAACCGUUUUAUUUAUGAUCUCUGGAAAUUGGCCUCCUAAUAAUUCACACUUAUACGUGCAGUAUAGAAAUGUUUGUACCCUAGGGGAGACAUCGACAAUGGGUAACGAGAAGAAGUAAAGAUUUAAUUUAAUUUUAAACGAGGAACCAUGUAAAACCUUAUAUUGAGGAUUAUAUUCAUAUACCCUGGCGGACACGAAUGCCUUCCCCUCAUUUACCGAUUAUACUUUAUCUGCAGAGAAGGUGUUCAUGUUCACUAGAGUAUACUGCACCAUUAAGUUGUAAAGAUUAGGUAUGUUUUAUAUAAAUUAUAUAAAUAUGUUUAUACAAAUUGGUUGCCGAUAAGAAAAGGAAAAUUUUGAACCGACAUGGCUUUUCAUGAAAUUCCGGACUCUACUUUGAUAAUUGUCUUGGCUGUAAAUAUAUAUAUAUAUAUAUACACGGAUGUAUCAAUUAAACACGGAUAGAAUCAACGCAAUAUUCCUUGUCCAUCCGUUUCUUUUUUUGUUUCUUUUCCAAAAUCAGUUUUACCAAUUUUCACGAUCUCCUUUACGAUGAAAUCCGCGUUUGACGUUGACGAUUAGAAACACGCGACCAGGGAACUCGUGAAUAACAUAAUUGGUGCACUUUUCACAAUAAAUUGAAGUCUCUCCGUCGGUUGUGCUCAUCUUAUUCUCUUCGCGUGUGCUGUGUACAUAGAAUUUAGAUAUUAAGUAUAUGAAUAUAUACAUAUAUAUGCGUAAGCUCGAGCGUGCGUAAAAUAUGUGCACAUAAACCUAAGGGUCUACGGUUCUACAAUGAUACGCGUACGCAAAUUGCGCCAAUGAAUCGCAACUCAAGUGUACAUACAUGGUAGAGCGCGUGUACUUGGCGCGGGACUCUGCUGCAGCUCUUGCCGAGCCGGAAGGAGCGCCAUGACCUUACACGCUGUAACGACGUUAAGGUGAAGUGAAACCCCCUUCAAAUCAGUCGAUUUGAAUACAACACUUUUUUUUAAGGGUAUUAGACCAAA